CUCCACGCAAACUUGUCGUGAUGGACUCAAUUGUUUGCACUCUUAUUUUCCAAUAAUCCAUAUCUAGGAUAUAUUCGUAGACAACUGAAUGCCUUUCCCUUCUACAGAACAAUUCGGGAGCCUACAAUGGCAAUCGCAAUCCAGUCACGCAAUGAUUCAAUCCAUCAUCGUAUUCCUAGCCACCCUCAAAACAUACACAUGUUACACUUUGUAAACCAUAAACUCACUGUUCAUAAAAACACGAAAUCACGAGUUCACGCGCCAUCCCCCCUCCACCCUCCGUUCUCUCAAAGCUUUAGCCUUACCAUUCAUACCCCCGGCUCCCAUUGUCUAACUACCGCUUCUCGCACCGCACCGCACCGCACCGCACCGCACCGAACCGUACCUUUCUAUUGCACACCCUGUCAUGCAAGCCCAAAAACGACAAAAUCCUCCGUGCCCUCCGAUCCACUCCAGGGGUGCUACGGUGCCUGCAAUCUGACAUGUGAAAGCCGCGAACCCAGGUCCCAGGCUCCCAGCUUCCCAGGUACCCACUCAAAAACCCUACACUACAGGUUUCUUCUGACAUGUGAAAGGUACCCACCCACACCCACUCGCACCACCCCCAACCCAACCACCAUCCUCCUAUCCUCUCGUCUCCCAUGAAAGUGAGAGUCCAUGCGCGGAAAAUCAUGCAUGACAUCGUCUAGUUACCUGUCCCCGUCCCCGGGAGCGAUGGGAGCGCGAGUCCAUGCUCGAUACCGUCACCCGUCCUCGUCUCGCAUCGUCUCGUCUCGUCCCGCACGACGGGACCCAGCGAUCGUGCAUGCGGGAGCCAGGUACGCGGUAAAGCUCACCGAGACGACCGACCGAGGCUGGGGGAGGGGGGAGCUUCCUUAUCUACCGUCGUGGUUGUGCUUAUCGCAGCUGGUUGCUAUGAAGCCAUUCACAACGGUGUACCCAGUUUAUGUAGAUGGUAGAGACAUGUACUUAUAUACACCGUACCCCGUACGGAGGACACUCUCAACAACUCAACCAUCUAUCUGUAUCUAUCUUAUCAUCCCCCUUCCCCGCCCCCCAGGUACUCAACACAAACUGAACAGCUAUCUCCAUUGAAAACCAACCGACCCCUCAAUUCAACAGUCCGUCCU